UUUGUAUUAUUUCAAAACAAUGGUCGAAUAAAAUAUUGUUAGACUAACCUUUCCAAAAUUUGUCAAAAAAAAACUUCAGGAGGAAAGAUAUACGUAGAUAUGGAUUCAUUUAAUGAAAAUUUCAAACAGGUGGAAAGAGAAAUGGAGUCCACUAUAAGAAGACUGAAAGAAGAGAUGGACAGAAUCGAACAAGUGAUGGAGGAGCAUUUCAUGGCUGUAUCGGACCAAGCUCGAAGAAGAUUGCAAUAUGAAAGAACAACAAACAUGCUGUCUGGAGAAUAUAACCAAGUCGGAGAAGAAAUCGAAAGUAUAAAAAACGACAUGAGACGAUUACGCACAGAAAUGGAAAGAAUGAAGAGGGAGAUGAAUUCAUUUACACAGGACACAAUUGAGAGAUCGUCAUCUCGUAGUCCAAGUGUGCCCAUUAGGGGUGAUAAACGCAUUACAUAUGAUUCAUUCAGAAGCGACAGUAGCUCAAUUCAGCGAGAAUUCGAUCAAAUUGAACAACAAAUAGAAGACGAAAGAAAAAGAAUGGAAGAAGAUAUGAAUCGAAUGAAAAAUGAUGUAGAACGCAUGAUUUCUGAAUCAGGGUUUAUCACAAAUAAACUUCCUACCGGAAUCAAUUACCCUUGCACUGAAGACAGACAGCUAUUUAAUCGAGAUACUUUACCGUGGAGACUGGCAGAAGAUCCAUUAGUUCAAAAUAAUUCUAGAGGAAAUCGUUUAGAUCUAAAAAUAGAUCUUCGAGAAUAUGCACCAGAAGAAAUCUUUGUUAAUGUUGAAAACAAUCGCUUAGUGAUAUUAGCAGCACAAAAUAAAAAAGACGGAACUAGAAAUAUCAAGAAGGCAUUCAAAUAUGAAACAAAUCUUCCUGAAGGAAUUUCUGCCGACAAAUUGGAUAAAAAAUUUUCUAGUGAUGGAAUCCUCAAUAUACAAGCAUCUCUUCCCGAAUACAUUCAACAAUAAACUGACUAAGUCUUGACUAUUAAAACAAGAAAAGAAUUUCAAAAUUUAUCCACCAACAAAAUUAUUUAUAUUUUUCAUUUAAAUGAUGAUAAUUGAUGUCUAAUCAUAAUAUAUAUGAUUAGAAAAUAAAAAUCAAUUGAGUA